AUGUGGCCCCUGCGGCCGGUUCCCCGCAGCUCCAUUGGGCUGCUGGCGCUGGCUGCGUGCGCGCUGGUGUCUCGGGCCGACGUGCCAGUUGCUCAUGUCGUUGGCUUUGACACCACGGUGCUGGAGGACGAGUACUGUGCGCGACCCGUUUCAGUGGAUGGAGGGGGCUCCGCGGGCGAUAUGAACACGGCCACGAUGAGUUGCAGCAAACUCAUGGAGUUCGUGUACGUCUCUCGCUUGAAGGUGAAAGAGAAAUUGGAGAUCUUGCUUGCAGCAGCAAAGGCCAACGAGACCGAGUCUGCCGAGUGGAUGAGCAUCGCGCGGACGGUCUCUCGCGCCCAAUCCUUCCUGUCCGCCCACAUGCACGUGGUCGCCGCUCUGGCAACGCAGCGACCCGGGUGCUUCUCGGAGAACAUGAAGUUGCUCUUGACGAUGUCGCUCAGACGGAUGAAGCCCCUGGUCACUGGGCAGCUGGAGUCGCUGUGGCUCGUCACCCAGAGCGGGCCCGAUCAGGCUGGCGCGCUAGUCGAGAGGGGCCUGGACUGGCUCUCCGAGGCGGCGGGGCUCGUGGACGCCGACCUGACGCUGAAGAGCGUGCUCGCGACGUGGAGCGAGCCCUCCGAGGACGAGGCACGCUUCUUCAGCCACGAGGCGGACGGCCGGUACAGCACCCUCGAGGCUCUGCGCCGCGACACCUUCGACGAGUUUGUGCUGGACAGGGGCCUGCUUCGGGCGCUGCUCCAGCACGUGCUGCAGACGGGCGCCACUGUGGCGGACAUCGGGGCUGGUUCUGGCCACUAUGCCAAGUGGCUGAACGACACCGGCCUCGUCUCGGCCUAUGCCUUUGACGGCACGCCUGAGGUCGAGCUCGUCACCAGAGGCUCCGUCCUUGGCAUCGACCUCAGCAGGCCCCUGGGCCUCUGGCAGAAGUUCGACUGGGUCCUAUGCCUGGAGGUCGCUACGAGCAUUCCGCCGGAGCUCACGCCGAUGUUCUUGCAGAAUCUCGACAGGCACGCCGGCGAGGGCCUCGUCAUCUCGUGGACGCAGCCGGGGCUUCGGGCCCUCGGGAGUCCGAAUCCAAGGAGCCAGGCGGAGGUCCUGGCACUCGUGAAGGAGCACACUGGGCUGCACCUAUCCGAGGAUCCACGAGCUCACCGCGCAGCUGCGGGCCGCGAGCGCGGUGCCCUCGCUCGCCGACUCGCUGCUGGUCCUGACGCGCACCGCGGCCCCGGUUGUCGCCGACGACGGCACUGGUGCUUCUGGCGCGGUGACAUCUGGAUGCGCUGCAGAGGACGGCUGGAUUUAUUCGGGCAACGACUUGCAGAUGUUCAGUGGAGUUCCAACGGCCGCUGCUUGCUGCGAGCUGUGCAGCACCAACGCGCAGUGCCGCUUCUGGACCUGGUCGCGCGAGGAGAACCACAACAUGAUGUGUUGGUUAAAGGGAACCCGCGAGUAUCGCAUCAACCACGACGGCUUUGUCUCCGGGGAGCGCUUGG